AUGAUUAGCGUUGCAAGCGGAGUACAAAUCAUAGAGAUACGAUUUGUUUCAGCAGCAAAAAUUGAGUACAUGAAUCCGGUUGGCUCGGUAAAAGACCGCAUCGCCUUCAACAUGAUUGAAACAGCUGAGAAAGCAGGGAAAAUAACGCCAGGAAAGACAGUACUCAUCGAGCCAACUAGUGGAAACUUUGGUAUUGCGCUGGCGUUUUGUGCUAACCUGAAAGGAUACAAAGUUAUAUUCACGAUGCCAUCGUCCAUGAGCGUAGAGAGACGAACUCUUAUCAAGGCCUUCGGGGCUGAGGUAGUACUAACGGAUCCUUCAAUAGCAGUAAGAGGUGCCAUCGAAAGAGCGUAUGAGCUAGCUAAAGUCAUCCCUAACUCUUACGUUAUGAAUCAAGUGAGGUUUUGA